AAACGUUCCAAACGCAACAACCAGUCUAGAAAUUUAUCAAAAAAAUAAUGCUUAAAAUAAUAAUAUAACGCGCUAACGCCAGUGUAUAUCGCCGCUUUGGUCAUCGCUUAGUGAUCUCAAUUAUAAACUCAGUGUACUUAGUUUUAAGGAUAGAAGGAAAAUGGCGAUGCGAGGCUCGCACUUUUCCGGGUGACUCUCCGAUCGAUCCGGUUUUGGAUUUUGAAACUUUUUCCACAUUUUUUGAGAAUGUUCGCGUGGACUUUAGUCGUGAUGGUCGGUUGAGUUCGCGAGUGCAAGGACGCCGUAAAAUCGAUAUCGCCGCGAUGUCGGCGGGUCUGUAGGCCGGUGGGUGGUAGCUUUUAAGCUGUCCAGGUUAAAAGACUGUUGUUCAUGUCAAAAAAAGAAGAAGAGGAGUAGACUAGCUUCGUUUGAAAUGACGACGGAAACGGCGACGCCUAACCAGGCGGACGCCAGUACGGCGUUCCUGCGCGCCGCGCGGGCGGGGCACAUCGACAAGAUCAUCAGCUUGCUCGAGCAGGGCGUCGACAUCAACGUCAGCAAUGCUAACGGCCUCAACGCAAUCCACCUGGCGUCCAAGGAUGGUCAUGUAGCGGUGGUGGGGGAGCUGCUCGAUCGUGGUGCUGCUAUAGAUGCUGCUACCAAGAAAGGCAACACAGCACUGCACAUCGCCUCACUAGCUGGGCAAGAGGCGGUUGUUAAACUUUUGGUGCAGAGUGGUGCUCAGGUGAACAUUCAAUCCCAGAAUGGCUUUACGCCGCUAUAUAUGGCUGCUCAGGAGAACCAUGAUGGUGUUGUCAAGUUCCUCCUCGCCAAUGGAGCUAACCAGAGCCUUGCGACUGAGGACGGGUUCACCCCCCUGGCAGUGGCGAUGCAGCAGGGUCAUGAGAGGGUGGUUUCGGUGCUACUGGAGUCAGAUAUUCGUGGCAAAGUCCGUCUGCCCGCUCUCCAUAUCGCAGCCAAGAAGGACGAUGUCAAAGCUGCAAAUCUGUUACUUGAGAACGAACACAACCCAGAUGUGACCUCCAAGUCUGGCUUCACGCCACUACAUAUAGCGGCCCACUAUGGUAAUGAGAACGUCGCUCGACUCCUGCUGGCUAAAGGAGCUGAUGUCAACUGCGCUGCUAAGCAUAACAUUUGCCCUCUGCAUGUUGCUGCUAAAUGGGGCAAAGAAAACAUGGUGUCUCUUCUAUGCGACAACGGGGCUAAUGUGGAGUCCCGGACCAGGGAUGGACUCACCCCUCUUCAUUGCGCCGCCAGGUCCGGGCAUGAGAGGGUGGUGGAAGCUUUGUUGGAGCGAGGAGCGCCGAUUACUAGCAAGAGCAAGAACGGCCUCGCCCCCCUCCACAUGGCGGCUCAAGGCGACCACGCAGACUCGGCGCGCGUGCUGCUCUCACGCAGAGCACCCGUCGAUGACGUCACUGUCGACUACCUCACCGCACUCCACGUCGCCGCGCAUUGCGGACACGCUAAAGUUGCUAAAUUGCUUUUAGAUAGGAGUGCUGAUGCUAACGCUCGCGCUCUGAACGGCUUCACUCCGCUUCAUAUUGCGUGCAAGAAGAACAGAAUCAAGGUGGUGGAACUACUGAUCAAGUAUGGAGCCAGUAUCCAAGCGACAACGGAGUCAGGCCUAACGCCUCUCCACGUGGCAGCAUUCAUGGGCUGCAUGAACAUCGUCAUCUUCUUACUCCAGCAUGAGGCCAACCCUGACGUGCCCACUGUCCGCGGGGAGACGCCUCUCCAUUUGGCUGCUAGGGCUAACCAGACGGACAUAAUCCGCAUUCUACUCCGCAACGGCGCGGCGGUGGAAGCCAAGGCUCGGGAGCGGCAGACUCCCCUGCAUAUCGCCUCACGACUUGGCAACGUCGACAUUGCAGUGCUUCUGCUCCAACACGGGGCUGACGUCAGAGCGAUGACGGCUGAUCAUUACAACGCGCUGCAUAUCGCUGCUAAACAGCACAACCAUGAUGUUGCAGCGGCUUUGAUAGAGCAUAAUGCUCCCCUGACAGCGACUACUAAGAAAGGAUUCACAGCAUUACAUCUGGCUGCUAAAUAUGGAAAUCUAAAGGUGGCAAACUUACUGCUAGCUCACGGUGCGUCACCAGACCAAGCUGGCAAGAACGGCAUGACUCCUCUGCACAUUGCAGCUCAGUAUGACCAACAGGCUGUGGCUAGUACUCUCCUUGAGAAAGGAGCUGAUGCUAAGGCUGUGGCUAAGAAUGGCCACACUCCACUCCACAUAGCGGCUCGCAAGAAUCAGAUGGAGACAGCUGCUACUCUACUGGAGUAUGGGGCUCUUACCAACGCUGAAUCUAAGGCUGGCUUUACUCCAUUGCAUCUAGCUGCACAGCAGGGUCACACAGAAAUGUGCUCCCUUUUGGUUGAGCAUGGAGCUGAGGUGGACCAGCAAGCUAAGAAUGGACUGGCAGCAUUACACCUCGCUGCUCAAGAAGACAGAGUACCAGUUGCCCAACUACUGGUCAAAAAUGGAGCUGAGGUGGACAUUUGCACCAAAGGUGGUUACACUCCGCUUCACAUUGCCAGUCACUACGGACAAGCUAAUAUGGUUCGCUUCUUACUUGACAGCGGAGCUUCUGUCAAGGCUCAGACUACUCACGGAUAUACAGCACUGCAUCAUGCCGCUCAACAGGGACACAUCAAUAUCGUCAACAUUUUGCUAGAGAACAAGGCUGAUGCCAACGCUACUACCACGAAUGGACAAACUCCCCUGGACAUCGCGUCUAAGCUGGGGUAUGUGACGGUGAUGGAAACUCUGAAAGAUGUCUCCGAGCCAUCCAUCGCUCCCGUCAGUCAGGAGAAAUAUAAGGUCGUGGCUCCAGAGACUAUGCUUGAGACGUUCAUGUCUGAUUCUGAGGAGGAAGGAGGUGAAGACACUAUCCUGAACGACCAGCCGUACCGGUAUCUGACAGCUGAUGACAUGAAAUCUCUCGGUGAUGACUCGUUGCCAAUUGAUGUGACCAAGGAUGAGAGGACUGAGUCUGCGAUGAGCCAUAAGAAUAUUAUGGAAUUGUCUCAAACUUCAGUGAAUGGUAUGCCCUACCAGCCACAACAAGAGGUGGUGGUGAAGAGUAUCAGCCGAUACAGCACCGCGCCUGCGCCGGAGGGAUACUGCUACAAUGUCGACCCUACAGUGCCCAAAAAAAAGCUACAAUGGAAAAAUUUCCUGGUAUCGUUCCUCGUGGACGCGCGUGGUGGAGCCAUGCGGGGCUGCCGCGGUGGUGGAGUGAGGGUCAUCGUACCACCACUGUCUGCUCAACAGCCUACUAGGAUUACUUGCAGAUACUUGAAGCCGUCUCGUAUCAAUCACAUGCCUCCGCUGAUGGAAGGCGAGGCCCUUGCAGCCAGAGUGUUGGAGAUGGGACCAGUAGCUGCCAAGUUCUUGGGGCCAGUAAUCCUAGAAGUGCCCCACUACGCAUCCCUACGCGGGAAAGAGCGAGAGAUAGUGAUCCUGCGCUCAGACAACGGGACCAGCUGGCGAGAGCACAACGCUGACGCUACAGACGAUGUCGUCCAAGAUAUACUGCAUGAGACGCUCGAGAUUGAAGAAACCAACGAGGACGAGAAAGGCUGGGAUGCUCCCAGGGUCACGAGGAUCUUGACACAUGACUUCCCGCAGUACUUCGCCGUCAUAUCGCGCAUACGACAAGAGGUCCAUGCUAUUGGACCUGAAGGUGGAAUGGUAUCCAGUUCGGUAGUGCCCCAAGUGCAGGCGGUAUUCCCUCAAGGUGCUCUCACCAAGAAAAUCAAAGUCGGCCUGCAGGCCCAAAUAAUAGACUCAGAACUGACAGCGAAGCUUCUAGGCCGAGGAGUGGCCGUGUCACCGGUAGUGACAGUGGAACCUCGACGAAGAAAGUUCCACAAAGCAAUAACCCUGAGUAUGCCAGCCCCGAGGCCUCAUACUCAGGGGAUGACCAACCAGUACAGCACGUCGUCGGCGCCAACCCUGAGACUUCUCUGCUCCAUCUCAGGAGGAACGAAUCGAGCUCACUGGGAAGAUGUCACCGAAAACACGCCUUUGACGUUCGUGAACGAUUGCGUUUCGUUCACAACUACCGUCUCAGCUCGCUAUUGGCUAAUUGAUUGUCGACAUAUCGAAGAUGCUACGAAAAUGGCAACUGAAUUGUACAGGGAAGCGAUCCACGUGCCGUUCAUGUCGCGUUUCGUGGUGUACGCUAAACGCACGGAUGAACUGCAAGCGCAGCUGAGGGUGUUCUGCGUGACUGAUGAUAAAGAAGACAAAGCCUUGGAGCGCAUCGAGAGGUUCAUUCAAGUUGCUAAGAGCAGGGAUGUGGAGGUCCACGAAGGCAAGCCAAUUUAUCUAGAAUUUGGGGGCAAUUUGGUGCCAGUGGCGAAAUCAGGGGAGCAACUAUCGAUACCGUUCCGAGCAUUCCGGGAGAACCGGGUGGCGUUCCCGGUGAUGAUCAAGACUCAGGAUCUGGAGCCGAUCUGCCGCUGCCAGUUCAUGAGGGACCCGAAGGUGCCCAAGGGAGAACCUUCGCCUGCGCCUAUCGCAGUACUGAACAUCAUGGUACCAGACGAGAUGCAAAUAGAGAGGACGUCACCUAUACCUAACGACACCGCCGUGCCGCGACGCACUGCUGAGCAAGAACUUAUUUGGAGACAACGGCUUAGUGAUCCUAGGUUGGAAGAUAUCUGCAACCUUCUAGGCAAAGAUUGGGUGGCAUUGGCGUACGAGCUGGGAGUCAGCGUGGCUACCGUCAAUCAGAUUCAAGCCAAGAGGAUCACGACCGCGGAACAGGCACAACUUAUGUUGAAACUCUGGAAGACGCAGUCUGGAACUAAGGCUCAAGAUACAUCCCUCGAACUAGCUUUGUGUCGCAUUGGUCGAGAUGACAUCAUCGCGCCGCAGUCUGACGUCACUAACGAACGUAGGAUACAACGCAACAUUUAUCAAGAGAGACAAGCUUCUGAAGAGAUUGAAGCAUACAAAGCCGAAGAAGACAAUAAACUCAAAGAAAAGAUAUACGAAGACAAUCAAAUAGAAGAACGCAUGCGUGAGUCUGAACAUGAUCAAGAUGAGGCAAAAUAUUCUCCUGAAGAGAAGUCUAUUGUUGAAAAGAGUGAGAUUGAGAGGACUCCUACGCCGAGCGAGGAGAGUGAGGAAGAUGAAGACGUAAAACGGAGCGUUGCUGAGAGGAAAGAACAAAUAACAAGAAAAUUGAGUUCCAGCAAAAUACCUGCUUCUAAACAAAAGAAGGAAAUUCGGGAGGAAAUCAUUGAGAUCAAGACUCAAAUCAAACCAGACAUUAAGAAAUUCCAAGACAUCGAACAACAAGUCAAAGAAAAGGAACCUAAAUUGGAGAGAACGCGUUCCAAAACUUCGCCGGAAUCUGUCGAAGAAGAAAGAGAGGCGGAGAUUCUGAUAGAAGAAGUAGUUGAAGUAAAAAGGGAAGAACCUAAACCAGUAGAGCGGCCGAUCGAACAAUUCAGAAAGUUUGAUCCAUCAUCACCCGGAAAACCUACACCUAAACAUUUACAACGACAUAUGAGAAACGAAUCAAUGAAGUUUUCGUCUGGAGACUUCUCAAACGUAACAAUCACUCCCAGAAAAUCAGUGACGGCUGAAAUGUCUGAAAUCAAACAAACAGUGGAAAGCAAAGUUGAUACAUUUACAAAAGAAGUUAUUUCCCAAAAAGAAAUAUACUCGUCUAAAGUAGAAGAGAAAUUAGACGACGGUGACAAAUCGCCGGAAUUAGUAACUGAAGAAGAGAGAGACAUCGCCGAAGCUACUUUGAGAGAUAAGAUUAGUACAUUCGAAUCAAAGAUGUCUAAAGAACCUUCUAUUGAACUAGCGAAAACUACAGUUAAACUUACGAAAGAAGCUUUAAAAAAACAUACAAUGCAGCAAGAUCAAGGUAUUGAAUACACUCAAGAAUUUGUAAGGAAACAAUCAGAACAAAUUUCGUCUAUGGAAACAAUUGAACAGGUUACGCAAAAGAUUUCUGCUGAAACUGAAAAACAUGUUGGAGUUAUUAAGUCUGUUAAAGAGACAAUACAACAAUUUGAUUCUAAAACGAAAACUGAUGACAAGGCUAUGCCUUUCCCAAAAACGAUGAGGACAGAUUCCACUCUUGUACAAGUAUCGUCUGAAGAAGAUAGCGAGUUCUUAAAAAAGUCUACUGAUUCUGAAACUGAAACGGAGUCGCAGACUACUGUCAAAGUGGACAAAGAUGACAAAAAAAUUAAAGGUAAGAUUGAUAGAGACGUGUUUGACAAGAAGCCCGAUUUUAAACCUAAAGACGUAUCUGAUAAACAAAAAGAUGAUAAGUCAAAGAAACCUGGUGAUGAUGAUAAAAAAGAUGGGUCAGUAGCUAUUAAAGUUCAGAAGUUAGAAAAGCAAAUGACCGAUGAGCUAAGAUCUAAAGUAAGUGAAGAAGAAGUUACUGAAACACUUGAAGAAAAAGACGUAUCUAUUAGUGAAAAAGCUAAAGAAAAGGUUGAAACUCAACUGUCUAUUGCUAGCACUAAAUCUGAUUUGAGCAAGCAUACUAAAACAGAUUCCGUGGGUUCUGACCUACAAGAGAUAGUUGGUAUCCCAGGAAAAAUAUCCCAGGAAUCACCAGUGCCAUCCGCAAUUGACAAAACAGAUUCACUCGCUGACUUGCAACAAAGUACUGAAAAGGACUUCAGUUUUGUAUCCCAGACCGAAUCAAAGGUCUACUCGAAAGAUUCUAAGCAUCGAAGUGACUCAUUAGAUGAAGCGUCUCAAUUUUCUGACUUAGAAGAUCAAGUGGGCACGAGUCCUGCCCACAAGCCCCAUUUAGAAAAAAUUGUCGAACCAACAUUAACUAAGGUGGACGAAACUAUCUUAUCCUCAACUUUUAUUGAUAAAAAAGAAACGUCAACUAGAGAUCAGACUCUAGAAUUUUUAAGAUUUGAAAGUGAGUUUAGUUCACAAACUCAUGCACCCGCUCUUGCACCCAGUGACUCUGAUAAGAUUUCGCCUAAAGAAUCGCCAGUAAUAAGUGCAAAAGCUCGUCAGUUUAUCGAAACUGUACCUGAAGACGACUCAGUUCAAGAAUGUUUCUUUUCUAAACGAAUAUACUCAGAUUCGCUAGAAGAUUCUGAACACACCGAUUCAAGACGACAUUCGGAAGCAGAGUCAUUGAAAUCAGAUCAAUCAGAUGUCAAAGCAAAAAUUUCGUCAUCAGAUUUUGAUGAACGCGCAGAAUAUGAAGAAACUGUUGACUCUGGCAGUGGUUUUGGUGAUGAAAAGUUUGAGGAAAGCGUUGGUUUUACUUCCAUAAGAAUAGAUCCCAAGGUCCUUGAAGAAAAACAAGACUCGGAAUCAGAUAAAGAGACAGAAGUAGUAUUUAAGAAAAUGGCACCAAAGCGCCAUUCACGAACUGAGUCCAUAUCUAUUUCUAAGAUUAGUGACUUACAGACUGAUACGGAUCUUUCAAAACCAAAACAAGAAUUCCAAAUGAUUGUUACUGAAGCAGAAGAAGUGGAUAAAUCUGAUAAAGACGAGCCAUCUGAUAGAAUAUCUUCAGAGGACAGUAGAGAAGUUGAAAUAUCAGACAGAAAGUCUUCCGAGGGCAUCUCGGACAGGAUUAGUUCGGAGGACGCCGUGACUGACAAAAAGACUUCUUCAGAAGAAGAAGCAGCUAAGGAAGGUGAACAGUUACUAGAACAUGGUACUGAAAAGGAAAUCACAACUACGGUCAAAAGCAUCGUAAAAGACAUUGAAAAGAUUGAUUCAAAAUCCGAAUUUAUCAAAGACGAUACCGUUGAAAAAGUUCAAGUCGCCAAACGACAGUCUGUAACAUCAGCAGGAUCUGGAUCUGUAAGUGAACUUCGCUUAGAAGAGAAACGUUUAUCAGAUGCUCAUAGUCUUACUGAAUCCAGAGACUAUACAUUUGAGGAAUCGGAAGAUGACAUUGGCACUCAAGGGACUCACGUUGAUGCCUACAGUAAGGACAAACAUGAAUCUAAGCAAGAAAUUGAUUCUAAGGCAAAACCUUCAGCGGGUAAAACUGAUCCUUCUAAGCUAGCUAAAUUGACUCAUGGUGACUCGCUAGAUGACGUUGAAGGGUUUCCAGAAGACCACGUUACAGACUACGUUCAUAAACUACCCCAUAUUGCUGAAGUCGGUGCCUUGAGUGAUCGAGAUAUCACUAAUGACUUCUUAAGCAGAGAAAGAGAGGAACAACUGAAACGUGAAACAGUUACUACCACUAUUAUUAGUGAUAAUACUGACAAUGCCAAAAAAGAUGAAGUGGCAGUAAUUGGAUCCACAAAGGAAUAUUCUUAUACUACUACUAAGAAAGGAGAACCUAUAGUUUCAACAACUGGCAUCACUACCACCUCCAAAGAAAUAUUACUAGACAAGAGCGUGGAAAAAAAGACUGAAACAAAAGUAAGUCAGAUAAAAUUUGACGUUUCAAAAAUAAGAACCGAUACUCUUGGAAAGUUUGAUGCUGAUGAUAUUGAAGAGGCUAAGGAGUCUAAAAUAUUUGUGCCUAGAGAUUUAGAUCUGAAAGAAACACCAGAAAUAACAAAAGAGCAAGUAAAACCUGUCAUUGAUGACAUUUUGCAAAAGGGAACAAUUGCUGCUGCAGCUCGAAGUCCUGUUUUAGACAAAGAUAUUAAAACGAUUACUAAAGAUAUAGUUGAAUCCGAGAAGCGAUCUUACGAUGCUAAAGCUCCUCAUAUAGAGGAAAGAAGACAUUCAUGUAUAAGUCCAGCUAUUUCUUUAGAAAGAAUUGCAGAAUCCGAUGUUGAAGAUGACGAAGAACUCGACAAAGUAAGUGUACCUCCAGAACCGUCAAAGGUCUCAGAAGCACCAUCACCUUUGAAAAAAUCUGACUCAGCCAUGAAACAAAUGGCUGAUAAUAUUGAAAUUAUAAUCAAACAAGCGUCAGAGGAUAUCGAUUUAUCAUCAGAAGAGCACCCUAUUCCGGAACCAGCGGAUCAAAAGGAUAUAGCAGGACAAGUUUCUGUAGAUUCCAUUAUAGAAGAAGCUGUAACGACUGUUGAAGAGUAUCUUGAAUCUUCAAAAGAAACUAAAGAAAAAGUAAUUGAAGCUAAAAAAGAGAUUGUUUAUGAAGAAACUAAAAAGUUUGUUAAAGAAAGACCCGGUUUAAUGAAGUCGCUAUCUAGAGAUAGUGGCGAAAUUGCUAUUAUGCCAAGGAAAAAACAUGCAAGGACAUUUUCGGUACAGAGUUCUCCAGAUGAGGUAGAGGAACAAAUAUAUACCGACUCAGAAUCUGAUAUGGAUAAAGCUAAAGUUCUUGAAAUUAUUGAGCCAAGUUCUGAUAUUGAAGGCAAAGUCGUCCCAAGCAGUUUUGAUACAAAGAAAAUUAGAACUGAUUCCCUCGAUGACGCCGACGACUUCCCUGAAAAAGAAGCUGAGUAUUUUGGAGACGAUGGCAAAUAUGCCGAAGAACCUGAUACAUUCUUACCAAGCAAAUCUCAUGAAAAAUCUGUAGAUGCUGCUUCUACCGCCGGCCCAAGCGCUCCCAGACCAGAUUUUGACGAAGAAAAAACAACUGAGAAAUUCACCAAAAAAACUCACUUUGUAGAUAGCGUUCUACGUUCUGAUCUAGUUUCAAAAUCUACUACUGAAUCGUCGGUAACGACUGUUGUGUCUACUCUAACAAAAUCCUCGGAUGAAGACCAGAAAUCAGUUCUCGAGGAUGCAACAUCUGCUGAUUUUUCGAAAAUCAGUGGAGCUGAUUUAGUGAAGGACCCUUCAAAGACAUCUAUGGAUAUUAAAGAAGAUUCACGUUUAGAAGAACAAGUAGAAGACAGAGGUACACCUGAUCUAUCGAAAAAAUCUAUUGACUUGACCAAAGAUUACUCCAAAUCUUCUAUUGAUAGUAAAGAUACUUCAAGAGAUUUCGCUACUAAUGAAUUAUCUAAAGACUCCACAGUAGAUUUGACAAAAGACUUCUCCAAAGCGUCUAUUGAGAGCGUGAAAGAAACUUCGAAAUCUAUUGAUGACAAGACUUUCUCUGAAGACCACUCUUCUUUAGAUGUAUCUAAAACGUUAGCUUCAGAUGCAUCAGAGGGUAUAGCAGUUAGCAAGGAAUUUACAGAAGAGGAAAGGUCAAUGUCUAAAAUUGUGAAGGUCUCCACUAGCUCAUCGCAAGAAACCUCAGUUUUGACUGAAAGUAAAUUAUUUAGCGAACAAGAUGACAAAUCCUUAGACAAAACAAAAACAUCAGAUAAAAGUGACCCAGAAAAAGAUUUUAUUGGAGAAAUUGAUCAGCAAAUUGCUCAUUUAAAAUCCGAAUUUAAAAAAGAAGAAGAAAGCUCUGUUGCUUCCAAAUCUGAAUCAAAGACAGAAGACAAAUUAGCUAAGACAGAAUCAGACAUAUCUAAAGAUAAAGAAGAAACAGACGCAGAUGAUGACGCACCAGACAUGAAAGAGUUAAGUAGAAGAUGCUCGAAUCUUCUAGAAGAUAUAUCACAUGGAGCUGUAAUCAGAAUAGAUUCAAGUCAUGUUACUCACGAUCUUGUGUCCAAAUUUUCGAAAACGCCCCCUCCGUCCCCUGUUGACCUUAUUUUAAAAGAUAGAGCUAAAUUGGAGGAAAGUACUGGCGAUAAGCAACCCGGGCUACAACUAAGAGGUUCCGAAUCUUCGUUCCUGGAUGCUAGCCGUCAGUCGCCAAGAGCCUCUUCUGCUGGAGACAGUCUGAUCAGCGAAACCGAGGCUCAUCAAAGUGACGCGCUGACGGAGGCGUCUACGGUACUUAGUGCAGCUGCCAGGCCAAAAUCUCCAACGAAGCACUUAGCUGAUAACUUAGCUUUUAUCAAUGUUGAUCAACCUACACUCACUAGCAGUGCCAGUGAACUUGUUGAUCGAACCAUAGAAAAAAGCAUUGAUGUUAUUGACCAAAUCAAGAAAGAACAACUGGCCGUCAAAAUGGAGGAAAUGCAACAAUUAACGUCAUCUGACACUUUUUACUCUGAAUCUAGAGUUGAAACUUCUACAUCGUCUUCGUCUGUACAUAAAAUUGAAGGAUCUGAACUCAAAUUUCAAGCUAUCGAUCCGCAAGCUAUGAUGUCUGAUAUGGUAGCUAAGUUUGGAAGUGGAACUACCGAUGAGUAUAGUACAGUCUUGACUCAUAAGGAAACUGAAACGAGGAAGAUAUCUGGACAAGAAUUCUUCUCUUCAAAACAAAUAUCGUCAUCUGACGAUGAUUCGCUCGUUGUUAAAACUGAAACGACCCAUGAACUUCGAGGUCAAGAACAUGAAGUUAGAGAAAAAACUGUAGUUCGAAGAGAUGGUGAUCAAACUGAAACGUCACAAAAGAAAGUAGAAAAAGCUCAUGAAGCUGCAGCUAAAAGAUCUGAUAUAGAGACAAAAACUGUCUUCAAAAGUAAUGAUGAUACAGAUAUUAUAAAAGUUGAACGCGAAUUUACUGAACAAGGUCUUUAUUCUGGACGUCAAACGAAAUCUGAAGAGAAAAUGACAGCUUUGAAAGACGAAACCAUUAAAAAGAAACAUGAAAUUAAGAUUUCAGAAAGAGAAAUGUCUCACGAGCAAUGGGGCAAAGAGUACUUUACAGAACCAGGAGAGUUAGAAGAUAUCAGAGAGGAUGAAGAUACAAAAUCCAAAAUUGCAUUUGUAGACUCGACUCUUAAAAUUAUCGAAAAAGAUGAGGUAGUUUCCACAGUGGAACUCUCUGAAAAAGGGAAAGUUGUAAGUUCCACAAUGGAACAUCACAAAGAAGAAUCGGUUAUCGAAAGUAAAGAACAUGAUGACUUAAGUUCAGAUGCUUCUCAUGCACCAAGUUUCAAAAGUGAAACUGCAGAGAGACGUGGCUCUUCUGAAUUAAGUCCUAAAAGUAAAUCGAAAUCUUUCAAGAAAGAUAAUGAAGUCUAUGAAGUAGAUUUCAUAAAAGAAAUUAAGGUCUCAACUUCACCUGUUAAGAGCACAUUCAGUCGCAAUGGGAGCCAGGAUACACAUUCAGAGUCAGAAACAGCACCAGAAUUGCCUCACGAUGACAAAAUGGGCGAUACCCCAAAAAAAGAUAAACCCACCAAAUCUCCUAUUCAACUACCGCAACAACAACUUCAAGAUCAGGUUUGGGAAGUAUCGCUACAAAAAGCUGAUUCACUUGAAAUGGCCGAGGAUAUACCUACAAUAACAAAAGUCAGAACUACGACGGAAUCAUCUACAACGAAGAGCUCUGACAGUGACACGGUCUUAGAUCUCAAGACUGUUGUAGACCCCAAAACUGACGUUACAACUAAACCUACCAAAACUGAUAUGUCGCCAAGCACAUUAGAAAUCACUGAUGAUAUAAGCACAACAUCUAAAGAUAUCAUGAUGAAAUCAGGUGAAAGCAUCGACACUGAGUGCAUGGUCAAAUCCUUGGAAUCUCAUGAAGGAGAAAUCCUGCAGAAAUCGUUAGAUUCUACCGUUAGUGCCGAAACAUUGCACGCCUCCGACUUUUCAACUGAAGCCGAUUCCGCAUUUUUGACGGGAACUGAUCAUAAGAAAGAGGAAGUCAAGUUAGUGAAAGAAAAAAGUCUUGAAGAUAUUUGCAGUAGCGGUUAUGACACCGAUCUUUCCUCUGCCGAGUUUCAUGCCACGAAACUUGAGUCAGAACGGGUGGAUUUUGACUCAUUGAUGUCUGCUCAGCCUCUUGCCGACUUAUCAGUUUUGGAAAAAACUAUUGAUGAAGUCAAGCAAUCACUUGAAGCAGCUCAGGGUGAAAUAAUUAGUGAGAAAAACGAUGGGAGCAGCAAGUACAAGCAAUCUCCUUCCGAAUUCCAAUUCAAACUUCUAAUUAGUCCAGACAGACCUGAAGUUAUUACAGAAGAGCCUCAUCAUACAGAAGAUCACACUGAUAAGACUACUGUACAAUUGGAGACAGAAGAUAAAAUUCUUGAUAGUCAAAUAUCAGACAGUACUUCCCAUAAAGUUAGCUCUCAAGAGGAAACUACUUAUUCAGAUGAAGAUAAAGAAACGGUUCACAUGAUGAAAGAAUCCAGUCCUCCGUUGGAUGGUGCCGAUAUUUCAAUAAGAUCGGAUAGUGGACCUCACUCUAUACUAGAAACUGAGAGUGAAAUAAUUCUCUCAGAUCGAGAAGGUUCGUCGAAAGGUAGCCCAGAAGUGAAAUUGCGAGCACAAAAACACAUUAAAUCUAAAUUAGGAAUCGUGGAGCGACGAUCAGCAUCUGAUGUCGAAGGCUGGUCCAGCUCGGGUUCCAGUCACUAUCACAGCUUUGAGCAUUCUGAAGGAAGACCAUUGUCGUCAGAUAUUGAAGUCAUGAUGACCGCUCAAAGUGGAACUGAUUUUGAAACUGCUCUUACAAGCCAUGACGUGUCUUCACAGUCUUUACGAACAUCAAAAGAUUAUUAUACAGCAGGCAGUUCUCUUGCUUCAAGGGACAGCAUGAAAAGCCUAGACUCUGAUGGAUCCAGCCAUGUUGCUAGCAUAGACAUAUCUGAUGCUUCAGAAACGUUAGUUCCAUCAGCAAAUGAACUAAAAGAAGAACUGAUGGAAAGCAGCACCUAUGUUGAACAAUUCCUUCAUGAAGGAGAAAAAGUAAAAGUAAAAGACGUAAGUGACGAUGAGGUUUCUGUCGAUGAUGAUGAAAAUAAAGAUGAUUCGGUAGAACCCAUGGGCAAAAUGAAGAGAUCUCAUGAAAUGCGUUUCCAACCUAAAGAAAUGAUUCCAGAGCAUUUUCCUAUUGAAGGAGUUACUGAAGGCGUUGAAAUUGACGAUGAAUCUUCAAAAGAGAAAGAUGGAUCAGAUACUACCAUCUCCAGUCAAUUUAAAACUGAUGACAUUCUAUCGUCUUCUAUAUCAAAACUGGAUAUGUCAUCAUCAAUAUCUCAACUUGAACUAGAUAAAGAUGAAGUGAAAGAACAAGUCACAAAAGUUUCAGUUCACGAGGAACAUGCUUUACCAUUUUCCGUAACAAAAGUAGAUAGACCGAAAAGAGAAUUCGUUGAUAUUGAAAGUGAAAUAAUCCCGGUUGGAUCAAGCGAGUAUGAAGAAAUAGUGAAACAUGGUAGCAUAAGCACAGAAAUCAAAAAAACAUCUGCAGAAGAAUCUACGAUUGUGAAAACAAAAGUUCAGGUAGAAGAAGCGGCACCUCCGAAGAGUGAAAUCGUAGAAAUACAAGAAGAAUGUGUCAAGAAAGUUGUAAAAGAAGUUAUUGUUGUACCGUUCCCGGUAACUGAAAUACCCUGUACUCAACGAGAAUUUGUUGAUGUGGAAGAAGAUAUCAUACCAAUAGGUUCUCAACAAUAUGAAGAGAUUUUAAAAUCUAAAAGUGACUCUUCGGUACCAAAAACAAAAGUUGAAAAAGCUAUUGUUAAAACGCCGGACUCUCAAUUAGAUAGUAAACCUAGCUCCACAUCUAGCUUAAAAACUCAAGAACAUAUUUCAACGCCUCAUACGCCUUUGUCUGCACCAAGUCAAAGCUCGAUUUCAACAGACAAUGGUAGAGAAUAUGUGUUGGAUGACAUAUAUGAUAUUUCUGAGACACCAGAGUUGAGAUCAGACCUCAUAACAGAAAGUAGCCGUUCUGAACUGGUUGUAACUACAGAAGAAAGAGGUACUCAUACUUACGAAAAAGAACAAGAAUCUCCUACUAGUGAUGAAUUUGAGAUGGUUGAUAAACCGAGUGAAAUGGAUGAUUUCGUAGUCAUAGAAGAAGUUGCCAAAGAAGCACAAGAAUCUGAUCCUGAAGGUAAAAGUGUAAAAAUAAAGACACAAGUGUACGUGAAGCGUCACGAUACUGAAGUCGAAGAAUAUUUGUCUAAAGCGUCAAAGAAACAAGAAAGUACUAGUAGCACUUCAGGAUCAUUAUCCGAUGAGGAAUUACUUCAAUAUGAAUUGGAACAAAAGAGGUUACAGGCUCAAGAACUGGCUGAAAUUGAAGCUGGCAAACGUUGGAUACAAAUGCAAUUUGAAGGUGAUCCACGGUACGACUAUGAACGAGUUCCUCUAGAAGAUAUUAAAGAAGAAGAAAUGACCGACUUUGACGCUAGCAGAAUUGGCAGUUUAAGUUCGCAAAAAGAGUCUAUAGGAAGCUAUGGUAGCUAUAGAAACUCUUACGGAAGUCUCUCUGAAUCAGAAAUGGCAUCCCGAAUAAGGUUCCGAGUACGAGGUGAAAACGACGAUGUCUCUAUCAGCUCACUUCAAGAGUUUGAAAAUCUUGAAAGGGCUCUGAUGGAACAGUAUCAACAGCACUCCUCAUCAUCUCAAGAUUCAUUAAAUGGCUCUCUACCAAAACGCUAUGUUUUGAGUAAAAGUCAAGGUGAUGACAUAUCAGUAUCAAGUUUGAAAGAAUUUGAAGGAUUAGAGUCAGCUUGUCUUGAAGCAUUAAAAGCUGAAGUCCUGGCAAAGCAAAAAGAGGCUUUGUUACAAGCUGAUCCAAAAAUAGUCAGUGGUAGUUUCUUAGAACAAGAAAAACGCUCUUACGGCAGUAGUAGUACUGAAAGUAGUCCUCCGCAGAAAGGAGGUAGCCCAAGCCAAAAGAGUGGAAGCCCAUCACAGAAAAGUGGAAGUCCUUCCCAACGCGUAGGUAGCUACGGUAGUCCAUCACAAAAGUUACUAGCCGACACAAUUACUAUCAGGAAAUUAAUUGACCAAACAAUGGCUUUGGAACAAAAAAUGCAAGAGCAAAUAACACCCAAAGUCGUAACUGUGAAAAAGUUUGAUGACAGAGGCGCUUUCUUUGUCCCCGAACCAGAGGAAAAGUCUUCUGAAACUAAAACUUGUGAAGUUGUAGAGGAGUGCAAGAAAGCGUCUUCAUUCGUAUGCGCUGCUGCCCCAAGUGAUGGCUCAGCAGAGUCCAUUCCAGGAGACUGUGAAGAAAUGAUGAAACUAUUGGAAACAGAGGACAAAGCUAAGAAAAGCUCAGCUGUUACUAGAACGUUCACAGAUGAUGGAGUUAUCGAAGUGGUUAGAACUACCACUGUCAUUCAGCAGAAAUUCGUUGACGGAAAGAAAGUUUCAGAAACCGUUACUAGCACAGACGCUGAAGGAGGUGUAGAUAUCCCAGCUAGGCCCGUGCAAUACGAGGAAGGACCAAUGUCAUUUGGAUCAGAAAUGUCUUCGUCAAUCGCGUCUCAACCCUCAGAAUUGGAUAGCCUGAUGACUGUUAUGGAAAGAAAAACAUCAGAUGGCGAACUAGUUACAGUAACAAAGCAAACCAUCAUUAUGUCCUCGGAUAAACUUGAGGAAUUAGACUUGUCUAGAGAAGGGAGUGUCGUUCGUGAGCUGUCGCCUUCCUCUGGGAGGUCGAUAGCACACAGCGUCAUUUCGUUCUCUGGUAAACAACUUACAGAUCCAGCGAGCGGCUCCUGGAGCGGCCAAGACGAAGAACUCAGCUCUUCUGGAAGUUUUAGUAGGGGUGCAAGAGCGGACCUGAUGCUCGGAAGUACUGACAGUCUUGAAGCCACCAGCUCAAACGCUACCCGAGCCACUUAUAACUACGAAGUCGAUACUCCAAUGACUGGCAGCCUCACCUCAGGAGGGUCGAACACCAUGGUGUCUUCUCUGGAUACCUUGGACCCUGUCACCGCAGUGCAGAUGGAAAGUCUUGAGCACCAGUCCACAAGUGAACACUUCUCACAUGAAUACGAAGUACAAGAACCGGACUCGGACACUGAACGACUGGAGCUGGAUGGCAGAGUCCCCAAGACCAAGGAGAGAACCAUUAUGUUCGACAGUACUGACACGCUCAGCGCAGUCAGUGGAGAUGGCUCGGUGAAGGAGGCUGUAGUUGAGACUCCCGCACCGACCUUCUACAUCGGAGAUACACCUAUUGUUCGAGGGGACAGACCGGACGAUGAUGAUCAACCACAGCCCCAGUUAUCUGGGAGUUGUCCGGCAUCUCUGCCACCAGUUACGCAGCCGUCGCCUCCCAUACCUGCUCAGAGAAGGUCGCUCACUACAUUAACAAAAUCCCCACCUUCUAGUUUAGAUGAAGCUGCAAAGAAGUAAUCUGUUUUUGUUAUCUUUAAACUAUUCCCUUCAAAAUCCACUUCUAGACCAUUAGAUAGAGAUAGAUUUCUUUAAGAAUUUCAUUUGCUGUACUUCAAGAUGCAAAAUUUACAUUUGCAGCUAAUAGCGAGCUUUGAAACGAUGCACUCUGUUGCUAUCUUACUUACAAACGAUGGAUACGUCUUAAAUAAUAUUCAAUAACGGACAUAUUACUAACAAAAUACUCAUGUAUUAAACUAUGUAGUGAAAUAUCAUUAUGUAUUAAACUUAUUGUAAUAGAUUUAACGAAAUUGGCGUUUAAUGUACUCGUUUAAGAAGAUCUAUGAGCCACUUGCGCGUUCUAAUGAAAAUGUUCUCGACUAUCUAUUGAAAUGACAAGUAUCAAUGAUGACCCAAACAUAAUUCACCGUUGGUGCUCAUAAUAUCAACAACGAUUACUCUUUAUACUGAAAUUGACUUGUCAACUCUUGUUUUUGAACAAGAAUUCUCGGGAUUAAAAAAACAAGUCUUUCUAUGAAUUAAAUUUAUGAGAGAUCAUGUUGGAUUCCGUGGUUUAUAUUCAAAUGACUGGUUGAAAUCAACCACAAUCCAAUUAGAGUUUUGGGAAGUAUUUUGGUACUCACUUUUGUACUAAACUGUCGGUUUUUGAGCGACACUAGUCCAGGUUAGAACCUAUAGACAUCUUGAAUAGCGCUUAGCUUAAUCUAGUCUUCGAAUCUGCUUAUUCGAUAUGAUGUUACACUAGUAGGAUUAUUAACUAUUUGUAAGCUAUCCUAUAAGUAGAUUUCUGACAUUGUCAGUUUUGAUACCUAAAGGCAAUAAAAUGGAGACAUACCAUCUCAUCAUUUUUGCAGACUGUCCUAUUCACACACAUACAUAAAUAAAAUAGUGAUAGGACAAUUUCUAAAGAGGAUCUAAUCAGUUUUAACUCUUGCACAAUUUCUUACAUAAGUAGAUAGAUAGAAAUACAAAAUGUAGAAUAAGCUUACAGCAAUUGUUAGGAUAAACGGUUGUUUGAUAUUAGACCUUAACCUAUUAUCCGUUUACCUUUUUUUCUAGAGCAACAUCCUAACCACUUAUAUCUUCACCACGAUUAUAUUUUAUAUAAUUUUAAUUCUACUGAAUUCCAUUCUAACACUACGUUCUUAGACCUUCUAAACUUCAGUUGUUCCUAACAUUUUGCUAUAGACUAUAAAUGUGUAAUCAUGUUAAAUGAUCUAGGGGGUUAAAAAGGCCACAUCGAAGCAAUCACCCCAGGGCUUGCUCACUUCCAAUCUUAUAAUAAUGUAAUGUAACACACGAAGGGUAUAAAGAACGUCCAAUAGCUUUUGGACUACAAGAAAUGAACGGUGAUAAUACACCGUCAACGAUUUUGAGAGAUCACAUUACGGAGUCACUUUUUCAUCACUCGUGAUCAUGCUAUCACCAAUGAUUUUAAAAUGGCUUUCGGGUUUUAGAUCAACGUUGUUGAUGGCGACAACUGUUAAGCUUAAUAAAAUAAGUGAAGGUUGAAGCGUUUUUCUAUUGGAUGAGACUGAUGGAGGCUAAGUAAGAACUAGAAAUUGUAAAUUGAGAUGGACAAGCUUAGCUAAUUCACUUGCAGAAGCUGCUAAGAAUGUUUUGAUAUCAACGUUGUUGUUCUGUAGGGCAACAUGCCCAGCGUGCGCAAAAUGCGCAACGUGAUAAAAUUUUGUCGAUUGGUUCUAAUAUGUGGACCCAAAUAAGUCAUGUCGUUCUGUCAAAAUACGAUCAAAAUCACGUGACACGAAUGUUAGGGAAAAAACAAACUUAUCGAUUUCGACACAAAUUAUUGAAGCGAUCGAUAAUUUUAUCACGUUGCGUAUGUUAGGCCUGUGGUCGAAGAUUCGGCGUGGAUAGCACACCACGGUGAGUCUUAAGGUUGAGUCAGCGUUGAUUUGAAAAAACAGCUGAUCGGAAGCAAUCGUUUCAUAUCGGCAUCUCAGUCCCUAUGUCACUCAUAUGUAUCGCUACGGUUUUCUGUAUCAGCAUAGUGUGGUGACCGUUUAUUACGAGUGUGCACACUAGCAACCAUGAUACUGAUAUCGGCAUCUCAGUGAUACGAAUCCAGUGAUCGGAUCACAAAGAUGAUACAUAUAUGUGGAUUCAGCUUUAGGGAUCAUUGCUUAUUGUAACUAUUUAUAAAUAUAGUUAAUUUUUUAAAGUCAGUGUGCUUAAGGAAUUUGGUGUUAAGAUUAUAUUAUGCUAAUGUCGAACGUUGCUACGCUGUGGUAUUAAGUUUCAAAAUCGAUUAAGUUGCCCUGUUCAAUUGUUUCCCGUUGUAUUUGUAAUAUUGCUGAAUAUUCUAUCGAUUAAACUAAAUAUUAUUGAAUAUUAAAUAAAAACGAUAUGUCUCAUAUUUA